AAUAUAUUUUGAUUUGUUUAACACUUUUUUGGUUACUACAUGAAUCCAUAUGUGUUUCAUAGUUUUGAUGUCUUCACUAUUUUACAAUGUAGAACAUAGUAAAAAUAAAGAAAAACCCUUGAAUGAGUGGGUGCAUCCAAACUUCUGACUGGUACUGUAUAGUUUACACCAAAGGGUAAAAUCUAUAUAUUUUCAGCAAAAUAGUGCGUCUCAGCGUCUGUGGUCUAUGAUUUAUGCUUAAUGAUGUGGACUGCAAAUUACACCAUAAUGGGGGUAGGCCUGGGCUCACAGAAAUAAGAAUGAAUAGAAUGGGCUUGGAACUCUAACCCUGGAAAUUGACUGGUAAACUCAUGGGUACACUGCCAACGGCUGCCUGGUAUUGUGACGCAAUAAUUUCAAUUGUAGUUUUGAAUUUCUCUUCAUUCUUAUUUCUAAGCCAGUUUAAUAUUCAGUAGCAUUCAAGCUUUGGCGACCUCAGAUGAAGUACGAUGUUUUACCGGCUCAUUUUGGAGACCAACGUAGACUAGACCUGUAGCAUGGACAGCGACGAGGCCCGAAAAGGGUUACAGGAAGCCCCAGAGAGGACAUUCCCUGUAUUCUUCAGAGGAAAACUGGGGGAGAAGCUCCAUCAGGAGACCCCCGGGUUUGACCUGUUGGACCCCAACAUGAGAGUCAUGGAUGUUAGUUAUAACUGCCUCCACGACAAACACCUGAAGAGUUUUUUCCGCCAUCCGGAAAGGAAGAAGCGGCUGGUGAAGCAAGGCCUCAUCACCUCAAAUGAGAAGGUGCUGUGUACGUGUAAAGAGUACAAUCGCUACAGUAGCUACAUCAAGUCAGUUCAGUUGCUGUGGGAGAAGCAGUGCUGUGCCCAGCAGAAAAAUCUUUUGAAGCAGUUCCUAGUCUUGCAGCAGCAAGGGGAGGUUCCUUCCCACAUCUCACUGACGGAUAUUAGAGAAUGGCUCAUUGCCAAGGGUAGAAACUACUUCAAGAACACGUUUCAGAGUGAAAUGGAAGAGGGGAAGAACCUUCACUUGGCCGAACUGGCUUGGGAUGUGAAACGACGCCUCAGGCUUGAGGAGCUGGAAAGAGAAGUGUGCAGGGAGCUGCGCCUGGAGCGCCGAAUCCGCUGGUCGGUGAUUGGACAGCCUGGUAGCCAGAUGGGAGAUUGGAGACCCCUGGGCAUGGAGACACACACACCUCUGGUAAUGGACUCUCCCUUCAAACACUCCACCUCCUCGAUGGACACUCUUUCCAGUCAGAUCUCGACUAAGAACCUCGAGGUUGCUAGGCUAAUAUAA